AAACAACGUGUAAAAGCUAAAGUCGAACAGUCGCAAUGCUUAUCUCGUUGUUGAACCGGACGAAAUACGAUCGUUCGUGUGUUUGACGUUGUUGCUGCUGUCGCUUUGUUUACAUUUGAUCAACGGAAUAAUUAAAUCCAUAGCCAUGUCACCGAACAAUGGUUCAGCGACAGCGGUGCUCGUCGCACUGUUGUGCGUAGCAGCCCUGGUACCGGCACCGGCGACGGGGGCGAUGAACGUGUUGGCGGUGCAGACCGUAGCGGGUAAGAGCCACUGGAACGUGAUGAGCGCGGUGCUGCGCGCGCUGACCGACCGCGGGCACAACGUCACCGUGUUCACACCGUUCUUGGACGGCGACCGGGACCGCUAUACCGAGGUACACGUGCGCGACGGCGUCUUGAUGGGCGCUGUAGGGAUGGACGCGAUGGAACUGAUCCGGGACAUCGGCACCACGUCAGCCGUGAUGACCGUAAUGGCGAACUUCACGCGAGCUAGUUGCGAGACGAUUUUCCAACAUCCUCGGAUGGCGGACACCCUGCGCAACGGCAGCGGUUCCUCGGCCGGCUUCGACGUGGUCGUCAUCGAGCCAAUGCUGUCCGAGUGCGUGUCAUACGUAGCCACAGAGCUACGUGUCCCGUUGAUUUACGUCGUACCGUCGCCGAUCCUCACCUACUUGGAACGCUCGUUGUUCGGUCACGUCCCCAAUCCCGCGGUCGUCGCACAUGUCCUGUCUAGUCACGGCGUGCCCAAAACGUUCACCGAACGCUUAACCAACACACUGCUGACCGUUCACUGUUCGUUAAGAAAGUGGUACGCUGAACGCCGGCAAAGGCUGUCCAAUCCUCAACCGUUCGACCGGGUCGAUCUCGUCAAACCGUCGUUGACGUUCACCAACACCCAUUUCAUCACCGAGCCCGCUCGGCCGUUGACGCAAGACAUCGUGCAAAUCGGCGGCAUACACCUCGCCCAACCCAAAGGGAUACCAAAAGACAUUCUGGAAUUCAUCGAAGGAUCUCCACACGGAGUAAUUUAUUUUACGUUCGGGUCUGUAGUGUUGAUGUCGUCGCUACCGGAGCACGUUCAGAACGCGUUUAAAGAAGUAUUGGCUCAAGUUCCACAGAGGGUUUUAUGGAAGUACGAGGGUGAGAUGAAAGACAAACCGGAUAACGUGAUGACCAACAAUUGGUUUCCGCAACGUGACGUGUUAUUGCAUCCUAAAGUGAAAUUGUUCAUCAGUCACGGUGGUAUAUCAGGAGUGUAUGAAGCUGUAGACGCUGGCGUACCCGUACUAGGAUUUCCGUUUUAUUUCGAUCAACCGAGGAAUCUGGAAAACUUGGUGGACGCAGGCAUGGCGAUUUCCAUGGACC